AUGCCAGCCCCAGACCUGCCUAACUUGCCGACCGAGGACUCGCUCCUCUCCCGGAAGUUUGGCCGUGAGACGAUAAACUACUUCUCAGGAAGCCCCCUGAAUCGGGUUUCUUUCCUCCGUGAUGACCAGAAGUUCCUGCAGGCGGCCUUCGCACACUCUCAAGCCCGCUUCCUGCUCAUGAACAACCUGGCUCCCCUUGUCCAUGCUUCAGACACGGCCCAACUUGCCUUUGCAACAAACGCGGAUGUGACCCUACUGACUGGGACCGAUCCAUUUGCUAAAACCGAGGAGGAAAUGAUCAGAGACUAUGACUCAGAGGAAGAGCGGGCGCUAAUCGUGUUUCUGGGCAUCAAUGAGGCGGGGGAACUGCCUUUGGACGACAGCGAAGCAGGCGAGCCUUUCACUUAUAAGGAGUUCAAGGGGGCGCCGUAUUUCGCGAUUGAUGUGACUCCGAGGGGAAAGCUUGCAGAUGCGGCGACGGCGUUGAUAGAAGCCAUGAAGGGGAAGGGCUAUGUUUUUUAUGACAGCUCACCAAGACACAUGGGCCUGCGUGCCAGGCAGGCGGCGAUGUAUGGCCAUGCCAGAGCCUUGAUCGACUGGAACAACCGUACCCCAUUUUGCGCGCAGUGCGGCCAGCCUACAUUGUCGGUUCAUGCCGGCACGAAGAGAGUGUGCCCCCCAACUGAUCGUGCCGGCGGCGUGGUGCGAGAACGUAAGCCGUGCGCUACGCGCGGCGUCGUCUCCAACCACAGCUUCCCGCGCACCGACCCGACCGUGAUCAUGGCAGUCAUCAGUGCCGACGGCACAAAAGUCCUGCUGGGCCGCCAGCGUCGCUGGCCCAAGUACUGGUUCAGCACACUGGCCGGCUUCCAGGAGCCCGGAGAGUCGAUCGAGGAAGCAGUGCGCCGUGAGGUUUGGGAGGAGAGCGGCGUGCGCGUGGGUCGUGUUAUCUUACACAGCUCACAGCCCUGGCCGUUCCCGGCCAGCCUAAUGAUCGGCGCCAUUGCGCAGGCGCUGCCCGACGGUGAGGAGAUCUAUCUGGGGCAUGAUGCUGAACUCGAGUGUGCAAAAUGGUUUCCCCUCGAGGAAGUCAAGGAAGCUCUCCUUAAAGGGGCAAGCAACAUGGGCGACGCCCCUCCUGAGGGAUACGUUGAGGGUGCACUGCGUUUGCCCCCGCAGACGGCGAUCGCAAACCGGUUAAUCACAGCUGUGGUCGAGGGUUGGUGGGUACCACCAAAAAUGUAA